GCGUGCGGACGUGUUUCCUGUAAUUUUGUGAUGCGAAAUAAAAUAUACGUCGAAUUCGUACUUUUCAUUGCUAUGUCGUUGUGUUCGUAAAAUCGAGAUGGUUUUUGUGUUGUGAGAGUUUUGUGGGUUGUGGAAAAUAUGUGAUAAUGAUCGGAGGACUAAUUCCAAAAUGUAAUCGACUCAGCGUAAACAAAUACAAUGACGUUUUAAAUAAAAUGUUAAUUAUAUUUACGAAUUUAAAUUAUUGUAUUGACUUAAAAUUCAUAUUAUAAAUUAAUUACGGAAGUGUUAAUCAAAAAAUUGCACCUGUUUGCUAAUAUGAAUAGAUUCAAGAGUGAGAGUUAAGAUGGAUUCCAAAUGUUUCUAAAAUGCACCUAGUGAAGUAGACAAAAUGAUCAAAAUGACAGUGCUAUUCCAAGCCCUGGUAAUCUGCUUGACUUGCAUCAGUCUGCAAUUCAUUGGCACCGUCGACACCCUCAAGUCUCUUCAAAUCCACGUCCCCAAAGCGGUCCUAACAGGCCGAGACGCCGAACUCAUGUGUACAUACGAGUUGGAAGGGGCGCAAUUGUACUCCAUACGGUGGUAUAGGAACAUGAUAGAGUUCUAUCGAUACGUGCCAAAGGAGUCUCCCGCUACCAAAGUGUUUCCUGUUGCUGAAAUUAAAGUUGACGUAGCAGCAUCGGAUCAGAACCGGGUGGUGUUGACGGAAGUGGACCGGACACUGACCGGGGAGUACCAGUGCGAAGUGUCAGCUGAUGCGCCGCUGUUCCACACAGACAUCAAAGCGGCAGAAAUGGUAGUAGUUGAGCCCCCAUUGCUGAGUCCGAAUGUCACAUCGGAUCGGAUGUCGUACAUCGGCGGAGAUCACAUCAGGGCGAACUGCACUUCGCCGCCUUCGCUGCCAGCUGCUAAUAUCACGUGGUACGUCAAUGAACAAAUGGUACCAAGUUUCACUGCUAACCACGUUCUAAACUUCAGCAACGGGUACGCCUCUAGUUUAUCGACGUUAGAGUUGGAGGCCGCCGUCCUCUCCCCUGUACCCACCCUUAUGAUAAGAUGCGAAGCGUCUAUUUUCGACGUUUGGAAAGCGACGAGCCACACAAUAGUUCUGCGCGAGCGCAGCGCUAACCCGGCCUCCGCACUAGGCAGGAGUUUCACGGGUGGUGCUACAGAAACCUGCAUACCAACCAUCUUAGUCCUCCUUUUACAAUUUGUCUUGCAAUUCUUGAUAGAAAGCUACACAGAGACCUCGAUAAGAUAGCUGUCUUGCCAGUAGCCACAGUGUAGUAUAAAGAAUUAUUAUAAUCUGUGACGUAAUGAUAAAAUGUAGUAAGCCAGGGUUUUAUAAAAGUUGUUUUAGUAAUAUUAAGGACAAUACUUUUUCAAGUUAUAAUCUAUGUCGUUUUAAUUUUAUUGAAAAUAAUAACGUUAAACUAAUGUUAAUUUGUACAAAUAUUUAAUAGUAUUUCUAAGAAAUAAAAUGUUGAAUUAUUUAGCAUAUAAUAGAUACAUACAACGGGUGGCCCAGUUGGGAUAACUACCACAUGUAUUAGGGUUGACGCAUAUAGACUGAGUGGAGUGGAGUCUUUUUGAUAAUAAC